CGCUAGUGCCUCCAUUCUCCCCAUUGAUCUUGAGCCUGCUUCCGGUCGUGCGCACGCCUCCGCACUCCUGGAACAAUCAAUUUCGACCCCUAGAACAAUUGAUUUCUCCCUGAGAACAUUUGGGUUUCAUCCUUGAGCAUCCGCGUGUACGAUUGGAACAAUUGAUUUCGUGUGGUGAGGCUCGCCGGAGGAGCUCGCCAGCGUGGGGACGAGGAGGCGGCGGGGGAGUGCCUCGAUGGCGGCGACGACCGGAGAUGUGACGACCGAGUGCCGGGCCAUCGUUGUUUAAUGGGCCGCAGAAAAUUUGCUUUGCGGGCCUCUACGCGAAGUAUAGAAGGCCCCCUCCUCUUCCUCACUCACACGACAACCCUAGCUCCCGUCCUACAACCCUGCUCUCACCACUCCCCUCCGCCGCGAUGGCCACCGCCGACGGCGAGCCCCAGCCCGUCGCUGCCGACCCCGCACCCGCUCCGGCUCCCUCCCCUGCGAAGCGCAAGCCCGAGGCCGAGUCGGACGCCGACCUCGCGCUCCUCGACCCGCCGGCCCCCAAAGCCGCGCGCCCCGACGCCGACGAGGAGGCCGCCGCCGCCGCCGAGGCCAACGCCAGGGCCCGGGCGACCGACAAGGGGAAGGGCAAGAUGGUGGUCGAGGAGGAGGACGACGAGGAGACCAGCGACGACGACGACGAGGUGGGGGGAGAGGAGGGCAGCGACGACGAGCUCGUCGAGGACCCGCUCGCGGAGGUGGACCUCAGCAACAUCCUCCCCUCACGGACCCGCCGCCGCGCGCCACCGCAGCCCGGGGCGUACCUGGUCCCGCCGGAGGAGGCCGCAGAGGACGACGACGACGACGCGGACGCCGACGUGGCCCCCGAGGACGAGGAGGACGGCGCGGAAGGGGAGGAGAGCGAGUAGGGCUGCGGCGGAACGGACUCACUAGGAAGCGGUGUUGUUUUCUGGAGCUGGAUAUCAUCCUACCUGUAGGGACCUAAAUGGACAUGUUCUCUUUUGGGGUUGGCCGUGGAUAACCCAAUCGUCGCUCUGCAAUUGUUAGAGUUCGUUUUGUCACUAUGAUUUACUGCAUCAGUAGAGUCACUUGAAGUGCUAAGAGGACACGCGGCUGGUACUAAUUAUGUAAGGCUUAUGGGUUGACAACGGUAAUGCUGCGAUCAUGGUUGAACAGUUAACGUCGCUUCUGUACACAGUAGUUCCAGACUUCCAGUUUGCA